CCGGAACGUUCCAUGAGUUGCGUCUUGCUUGAACAGCUGAAGCAAACUAAUUUUUAAACCUUUAACUUGCAUAGCCAUGAGCUGCUUUCCGUCGCACGUGACCAAAACGGACGCUUUUCACUCGAAGACGGAGGUAACCGCAACACCUAUAUUAGCAUCUGGCUCCACAUUAGUGACGACUGCAAGCGUCAGUGAAUCUGCACAUUGUAAGAAUUAACACCAUUGCUUAGUUCCGUAAUUAGCUUGUGCCGUGGCAUUUAGUCUCCUAACUCUUACUCUCCUAACUCCUAUCCGCCUUUCGAGGUUGACGCCUUCCAUCAUGCAAAGCAGUACGGGAUGUGACGUGGUUAGCCGGUUCGACACUGACCUCGGCAGUGAAGGAUUUCACACGGAUGGAAAUGGCUGGAGGAGCAUGCGAAGGACAGUAACGUUCCACAAGGACAAGCUUCCAAUUCCCGCCAACUACUAUCCGGUCACGUCUUGGAUCUACAUCGAGGACAAAGCCAGAGACCUGAAGAUGCUGGUCGCUCCAGACCGACCACAGGGUGGGACCAGUCUACGGAAGGGACAUCUGGAGCUCAUGGUACAUCGGCGGCACGCGACCAACGACGACCUUGGAAAUCCCGAGUUCCUGCUCGAAACCGGAAACGAUGACGAGGCCCUGGUGGCGAGGGGAACUCACCGCCUUUUCUUGGGUUCACUAGCUGAGGUUGCGAGCAUCAUGCGGCUGCAGGCGCUGCAGCUCGUCUAUCGGCCGCUGUUGGUCUUUGCUCCGGCCGGGUGGAGACCCAGAAAGGAAAAGUUUUCGGCGCUGAGAUGGCCGCUUCCGAGCACCGUGCACGUGCUGACUUUGGAGACGCUCCAAGCACACGAAGUGCUCCUCCGUCUAGAGCACUUGUCCAUCAACGACACGACCGUCAAGAUAGGCAUCACCCGUCUGCUGGCGGGUUGCCGACUGGAGAACGUCCGGCCAACGAUGCUGGGGGCCAACCGCUUCCUUCCGGGUCCCAAGCGCCAACGCUGGCGCCCGCAAGAGGCGGCCGACGGCGGGAAGUCACGGCUUCCCGUCGACGACGUGCCAAUGACAGUUCCGGAACUCAGCACGGAAUGGAGCACGGGCGAUACGCACGUCAAUCUGCGACCGGGACAAAUCGCUACUUUCUUGGUGAAGCUGGUCGCCGAGUGAGCGCGUUGCCCGCGAACCAGGGCCGAUCAGAAACGACGGAAGCAUCACAGCAGCUCAUCGGCGUCGUGAUUUUGCCAGGGAAUCAAUUUUAGCCAAUUAGCGCGUUCUGACAAGGGUUCCGAAAGUGGUUUUUGAGUGUGGGGGCAAGAGCCGGACUCAUUUUGCCAAUACCAAUGAUACGAAUGUUUAUUUACUAUAUUAGAGGGGUCCAGUGCCCCCAUGCAAUGGAACCUGUGAGACGCUCGCACCCACUCCACCCCUUUUUGGAGCCGCUGCGUUGGGACGAAUUUGCGCGUUGCGAAUUUCGAAAGCGCUACUGAGUGAAAUGCGUCACGAGUUCAAACGCACCCCCGAGUAUCACAUGCUAUGCAUUUAAAAAAAAGCGACCCCAUCAAAACCGGCGCUGGCUCGACGGAUGACGAGAACACAGUUCGGCGCCAAAAUUUUUCUCCGCGGUCUCAGGCGCGGGGUGGGGAAAGAAAAAGUACUGUCGCUCUGCAGGAAGCUUCGGGAAGGAACAACGCGUUCUCGCCACUAGCUUCACGAAGAGCAAGGCUAGGCAGAAGUUUCGGGCUGGUGGACGUCAAGGGGCACUGACACAUCUGGCAUGUGAGCACUCGCUUUCUUGAUUUCUUCCUAUUUAGAUUUCUUUAUUUUAUUUUCUAAUCCUUCACGUGAGUAGCACCUUUGGGCAAAAGAAGCUGGCGUCGCUUCGAGCGCAUUGGGAAGAUUAGCACAACAGCAGAACAUGGGCAGCAGCGACCACCGGAUCCCCACAAUUUUUUCGUGCUGUCAUGCACCGCCAACCAAAACAACCCCCGGCGCCAGAAAUCACUCUGGAUUUUGUCUAGAAUAUAUUUUUCACGCUCGAAAAGACAUUUCGGCGCGAACAUUUACUCCCUCUAUAAGGGAGUAAACAAGACCUGUCCAACUACAGACCGAUUUCCUUAGCCUCUAGUUGCAGUUAAUUUUUAGAACAUGUCGUCUACAAACAUAUUAUUGAGUUUCUUGAAGCCAACAAUAUUUUAGCAGUCUUCCAGCAUGGAUUUCGCAAUGGCCUCAGCACCAUUACGCCAACAUCUGAAUUUGCUCAUGACAUCUGCCACGCAGUUGAAUUAGCCUUCAAAUCGAUGCAAUAUUCGUAGACUUUUUCAAAUCAUUUGAUACAGUUGUACAUUCCAAGCUUUUGCAUAAACUAAAUAGUAUUUUAAGUAAUCCCAGCCUAGUAGCCUGGAUCUCUAGUUUUUUCUCAGAUAGGUCGCAAUACGUUUGUUUCAAUUCUGCGAAAUCACCUACGGUGGCCGUUACCUCUGGUGUACCGCAGGGUUCAGAUUUAGGCCCACUUCUCUUCCUCCUGUAUAUCGAUGUCCUACAUAACAACGUGCUACCAACCAAAAUCCGUCUUUAGGCCGAUGACUGCGUUAUCUAUCACACAAUUACCAGUUAUGGAGAUCACGUCAUUCUGAAUAAAGCAUUUUCCAACUUU